CUUAACUUUCAUCAAUCUUAAGUGAAAAACUUGAAAGUUUCUACCAGUUUCACCAAUCCAUGAAAAUAUCCAAGUUUUUAGCUUCUCUUUUUCUUCAAACUUCCAUCAUUAUCCUCUUAGUAGUUUCACCAAUCCAAGUAGCCCCAGCAAACUCAAAGCUCUUUAGGGAAUACAUAGGAGCUGAAGGCAAGGAUGUUACAUUCUCAGAAGUACCCAUUGAUUCCAAACUGGACCAAUUUCACUUUAUUCUCUCCUUUGCCAUUGACUACACAACAUCAACUUCACCUCCUUCUCCAACCAAUGGAAAUUUCAGUGCCUUUUGGGAUACCCAAAACCUCACUCCUUCUCGUGUUUCCGCCAUCAAGUCCCAAAAACCAAAUGUCAAAGUGGCUUUGAGUCUUGCAGGUGAUACCGUAAAUGGAGAAAAAGUAUUUUUCAGUCCCAAAUCGAUAAGUUCUUGGGUUGGAAAUGCCAUUUUAUCAAUAACUCGAUUGGUGAACGAAUAUCACCUUGAUGGAAUUGACAUAGACUAUGAACACUUCCAUGCUGAUCCUAACACAUUUGCUGAAUGUAUUGGACAGCUUUUGAUCAUCCUCAAACGACAGAAGGUUGUAUCAUUUGCGUCGAUAGCACCGUACGAUGAUGGCACGGUUCAAGCCCAUUACUUGGCUUUGUGGAGGAAGUAUGGGCAUGUAAUAGACUAUGUGAACUUCCAGUUCUAUGCCUAUGAUAAGGGAACAACGAUAUCUCAGUUCAUAGGGCAUUUUGAGACUCAAAGGUCUAAUUACAAAGGUUGCAAGCUUCUAGUGAGCUUUGGAACCGAUGAGAGUGGGGGUUUGAAACCUGAAAAUGGCUUUUUUCAGGCUUGUGCUAGGCUUAAACAGCAAGGGAAACUUGAUGGAAUUUUCAUUUGGUCUGCAGAUGAUUCGAAGAAAGAUAAUUUUCGUUUCGAGAAGCAAUCACAGAGCUUCUUGGUUAGCUGAUAGUCAUUUUUGUAUUUCUGAUUUUUAGUUUCUUCUUGAUGACGUUGAAGACUGUAAUGGCUACUGUGUGUGAUUUCAUUUGUCUUUAAGCUUUGGGUGUCGGAUUAUGUUGAAGCAAGAAAAAAUUACAUAGUUGCUAUAUAUAUAUAUAUAUAUAUAUACACACUAGGUGUGGCCGCGUGCCAUGCGCACGUGAUUUAAUAUGUAAUUUUGACAUCUAAUAGUUGACUUUUUGUUUGGAAUAU